AUGGAACCCCAAUUCAGCAGCAGCUACUACUAUGGCCAUGAUGCCGGCACCGCCGUCUCCGCCACCUACGCGCAUUGUGAUAGCCACCACUACGGCCUACAAGGCUACGACGACAGCCCCUACUGCUACUCCGGCACUAUGGCGUCUUCCGGCUUCUUCCAGCCCUCCUCGGCCGCGUACUACGACGAUGCUGCUAUCGCUUACAGUGGUGACCACUACCCUUCUUCCUCGUCGACGGUGUGGGGGGCGUCGUCGUCGGGCGCCGCCACACCCUCCCAUCACCACCACCAACAGCAGCAGAUGAUGCAUUUUGGCGGCGGCGUUGAUGAAUACUACAGCUACCAGCAGGAUGGCAUGGGCGCGGUGGACAUGGACCAGUUCAGCGCUCUCAUGGGAGCCACCUGCAUCUCCACCACCAGCAGCUCCUCCAGUACUUCGACGAGGAACACACCAGUCGCGUAUUCCUCGCCGCCGACGAUGACGACGGUGCAACCCAGCGCCGUCCACGGGGCGAGCCCCUGCGACUACCUGCAGGAGGAGGCGGCGUCCGGAGGCGACGCGCCGCUUAUCGGGGUGCGGAAGCGGCCGUGGGGCAAGUUCGCCGCCGAGAUCAGGGACUCCACGCGCAAUGGCGAGCGCGUGUGGAUCGGCACCUUCGACACCCCCGAGGCCGCCGCGCUCGCCUACGACCAGGCCGCCUACUCCAUGCGCGGCCCCGCCGCGGUGCUCAACUUCCCCGUCGAGCACGUGCAGGAGUCGCUGCAAGCGCUGGGGCUCAGCAGCGCCGCGGGGGACUCGCCGGUGCUGGCGCUGAAGCGGCGCCACUGCAUCCGUAAGCGCUUGCCCAAGAACAAGAAGGCGGCUGGCAAGGAACAGACGAAGGUGGUGACGAGCAGCCAUGGACAUGGGCAUGUCAUGCAAAAGCAGGCAGAUUCUUGCGUGCUGGAGCUGGAGGACCUUGGGGCGGAUUACUUGGAGCAGCUGCUCGCCCUGUCAGAUCAAUGA